CGAUGGUCGGACCGGACGGUAUGGUGGAAUCAUUUGUUUCAACUGGGCCCCUUCUGUAUUCACUGAUGAUUUGUCGGCGGCCCAGAGGGUGAUAGUUCCAUUGUCAGAUCCACCUGCUAUGACCCCACACGCGUUAACCCUUUCCUGACCAUGGGCCGACCAGGCCAGCUUGUGAAACCUAGGGGUAUAAAAAUUGCAUACAAUGUACGGAUGAA